CGACACCGGAGACGUCGCCCUCUUCUCCUUCUUCUUCCCCCACCACGGCGGCGUGGGGUGGGGAAGAAGAUCUCGUUAGCUCCGUGCAGGAGGAGGUGGCGGCGGCGUGGAGCCGAGAGGUUGCAUGCGCGCGCGCGGCCGCUACCGCAAUCGCGAGGUGAGAGUACCAUUUUUGUUCUUCUUAGUUGAUUCAUCUAAGGCGAAUAAAUGGGAGUCCGUGAAGAUUCAAGUCCUUUGGGAGGUCUAGAUGGACUCUAUGGGGUGCAGCUCGCAGGCCAGUCAACAUACAAUGAUGAUGAAGCUUUCAAAACUCACAUUAUGGAUCCUGCGGCUUGUGAACCGCAGGAUGGUGUUGGCACAAGCCGAAGAUUGCUAAUACGGCGACUCUGGCAACAAAGACCCCCAUGCCUGAGGCCUAUCCACUGUAGUCUCUCAUGUGAUAAACAUCCAGGCGAAACUAUUGCUAAUGUUGUCACCUCUCUCCCUUUCAUUGUUCUUGGGCUGCAGACACCAAGAAAGAACUUGAACACUGCACUUUAUGCAAACUCGCUAAUUGGAGUUGGGAUUGCUUCUAGUUUGUAUCAUACUUCGAGAGGACAAAUCAGAAAAUAUAUGCGGUGGGCAGACUAUACAAUGAUUGCCACUACAACACUUUGUUUAAGCAGAGCGCUCCAAAACGAGCAUCCAAAAUUACUGAUGGCAGCAUCCACAUUACUCCUACCUUUCCAGCCAUUGGUGGUUUCAGCCGUCCACACUGGGAUAAUGGAGGUUUCAUUCGCGAAGCGAGCAUCCACAGACCCAGAGCUCAAGAUGGCCCAUAACCUACACAAGAUGUCCUCCCUACUGGGAGGCGCCCUUUUCAUCGCCGAUGACGCCUUCCCAGAAACCCCCUACCUCCAUGCGGCAUGGCAUCUGGCUGCAGCGUUGGGUGUGGGCACAUGCAACAAGCUUCUUGAAUGACGGCCGGAGGGGCAACCACGCCAUUGCUGCAUACUUUAGACGACUUUACUUUAGUUGUCAACAACCAGUUGAUAUGAAUAUGAUAGAUGUUCAUCAACCUGCCGACAUUGAUCGUGUCACAUUCCAUAGGUUCACAUUGAACCGGAGGAACAUUGGCACAGUAGUUAGUGCUCUAUACGGUGCCAGCUCUUGCAUGUAUAAAUUUGGGGUAUAUGUUAGUAUGUAUUGUAUUAUUGUCUAUGAAUGCUGUACCCUAGACCCCUAAUAUGUAAGCUUUGAUUUAGCAGAAAUAUAGAUGGAUAAUUCUAAGCAGGAGCCUGUGGGUUUUCAGUUUGUAUUGAAGUUAUCUGCAGCUUAGUACAAAAUCCGUAUU